AUGAUGCAAAAUGGAUGUAUCAUAGGGUCGCCGGGGGCUACAAGAAAUCCUCGUCUCGCCACCGGCAGCGGCGACAACAUCACAGGCGGCGGCGGCGGUGACGACGACUUGCGUGGAGAAUGGAAGAUCACAUCGGAGCUGCUGUUCGGAAGUAAAAAGCCAACACAGGGAUAUAACACAUGUGGAUAUUUAAAGUGGAUGGACGAAGAAUGGAAGGGGAGAGCGGGGACUGUAAUCCACAAGCUCGCUGAAGAAAAUUUGGUGCUACAGAAAUCAAAUAUGGAGAAAGACAAGCAGAUAGGUUGCAUUAAAGAAGAGAGAAAGGUGGCAAACCUCUACCUAAAGCACGCCAUUAAGAGCAGGGAUGGAAGGGAUUUAGCUGCACUAUCUAUCAUAGCCCGCGAACCUCACUCCUCUUCCCCUCGAGGUACCGUGAAAUCCCUAAUUCCCGACCACAAGCCGCCACUUGCGCCGCCCCCAACAUCGCGAUGCUCACUGCUCUCUCCGGCCGGCCGCUGCACCGCUCCGUCGUCCUCAAACCCUCCCGCCGCCCCACACCACCCAUCCCCCACGAGCUCAAACCCUCUCCUCCACCAAGUUGCUCCAUCCCACCUCGUCACCAAGAACCCCGGCGUCAUCGUCGUCCUGGGCACCGGGCAGAUCCCGGCGAAGAGCAGGCUCAAUCUGUGCCGGAAGCUCUUGUCGGCCGUGGCGGAGCACUGCUCCAUGCCAUCUCGCUUCUCCAACGAUGCCCCCGCAUCGUACUGCCUCUCCACCAGUGCCCCCACACAACCCUGCUCCCCGCCGUCGCCACGUACUCCCUGCUGCCGCCGCCGGCGAUUUCCCACGAUCGGAACAAAUCGGCACUGGUGGUUUCUUUCUACUUCAGAAGGCCAAACUUUUACUGUUCAUAUUCAAGAGACCAGAUCUGGGGCACUUAGACAAGAAAGGAGAUGGUUUCAGAUAUGAAGUUAUAAAAAAUUUCAAGCCAUCAUCAAGCAAUGGAGGAAGCUAUAGAUCCUGGAGCAUGGAACUUAUAAAUCACGCUAGGCCACCAGCCAUUCUGGAGGCAUUGUCGCGACGCAGCAGUAUGGGCCGCUCGAUUAUUUUUUGGCUGCUGGCAGUCGGUACACCGUUAAUUGUUUCUCCACCUGAGUUGUACACUACCUUUUUAUUUUUAUUUAGAUUCUUUCAGAUUUCCAGUUUAUUACUUCCGUGAGUUAUCUGCAUUCUGCAUAAAGCUUAGGCUUUAAUUGAUUGUUAUGUCAAGUGAAAUCAUGCAUGAUAAGGAUUAUUGCUGUUGGAGGAAACAUUGUGUACAAUAUGUUUGGUGGGAGUUAAAAGAAGGGGAACAUAUUAUUGUGAUGUUAUAGUUUCUUGGAAGUAGUUUCAUCUAUUUGUUUACAACAUUGAUGGCUUGCUGCCUUUUAGUAUUGGAAUGUGUAAUCACAUGCGUUCUUAUAUCUUCUACGUUAUUCUCGUUUUAACUCCCGUCCUGCGGAUUAUCCUAGGUUGUAGGCGAAGAUGAACUCCUGAUGGUCUACACUGUCCUGCUUUGCCAUGGAAGUAAAUGAGCCAACGUGUACCAGGGAAUAUGCAUAUACACCACAUCUAAUCCAGCACUAUUUUCUUGUGGCGACCGGCGAGGAGAAGAUACAAAUGCCUUCAAAUCCACCACUUAUCCCCACUACUAUUUCUUUGCCUAUUUUUUGUCUUCUCUCUAAUUAUGGUUCUUUUGUUUAUUUUUUAUUAUCUGCAGGCUAAGCAAACCUUGACUCUGGCUAAUUGGUCUUGGAAGCUGGAAACCAGUUCAUAUAUAAGAUUCCUAGGUGGUGGUCUACGUCUCUUAUUUUCUAUUAGUGAGUGCUCAUUUUCCUCAUCUGGAGCUAUGGUAUUAUCUUUGGUUUCAUCAUAUUUUCCUUCCCUGAUUUUUGUUGAUGCUUGGCUAUGUUAUGGGAUGGGACCUCCAUGUGCCAGUAUUUUUAGCCGAUCAGUAUGUGGUGCUAAAAAAUUAAUCUGUACAGAAUGACGUUGUGCACAUCCAACCCCAAGCAAUGUAAGAAACCUAUUAUUUGACUAGCUGUAUGGUACAUCUCAUACAGUUUCUAAUACUGUUGUUCCUAUUAAUUGGAUACGCCAAAGGGCAAAGUUAAUGUUUUGUUCAUCGCUUCUAUACCCGUUUCUUCAUGUUUCUUCAUGUUUGGUAGUGACCAGGGUUUCCAUGUACUUGAUAGAUACUUUCCUCAUGCUAUGUGUUUUAUGUAUGCAUAUAUGUUUCUGGCCAUAAAUAUAUAGCUGGCUCCAACUUUUACUGCUUUCCGUGGAACUUUGAAAAGUACCCUUUAAUCCACUAAUUCUGGACCUGUUAGUUUGGGCACUGAAAACUUUGAAAAGUACCCUUGAAUUAGAGGAUUAAACUAACAGGUCCAAAAUCCUGAAGCCCAAAUGAAUCAGUUUUCAGUUUAAAUGAAUGGUGUUAUAGGAGAAGCUAAUCUGAAUGUUUGCACGGGAUUACUUAACUUGACAUACAUUAUCUGGAUCCUUGGCCACUUCUAUGCAAAAGCGUUCGAUCUCUUACUCCACUAUGGAGUUUGAUCGAGAAGUUUGGGCCUUUGGUCAUCUGUUACCUGAAACUUUAAAUCUGACUACAAAGCCUCCAAAGUCAAAACUCAAUUCAUGUAAAAAUCGGCAAGAGUUUAGAGGAUUUGGCUCCACAUUUUUUGAUCUUGUUAGUACUUUCACCUUGCUAAUUCAAAAUGUGUGAAUCCUAAUGAACUCUGUAGAGUAGGAGAAACUACCACAAGUCAAGGUGAGACCCAUGCCUGAAAAGGGGAAAUCACUCUGGAGUCGGCUCAAGAACAAG